AUGGAAGAGGACUACAGUAUGUCCCAACUGAAGAUACCAUCUUCAGACGUUACGGUGCGCAUACGGAUGGUUGACACUACUGGUGUCAUCGUCGUGAGGGCCAUAUCUUUUAUCGAGCCUGUCCAACCUGGGCAUGAGAUUCUAAAUCUUCCUUGUGCUGCAUUCUUGAUCGACCAUCCUCCAUCUGGACGAAAGAUCAUGUUCGAUCUGGGCGUGCGCAAGGAUUAUUGGAAACUCCCAGCCGGGCCCCAAAAGCGGUUGGGAAUGGUCACUCCCGCUCUCCGCGUUGACAAAGACACGACUGAAAUAUUGAUGGAAAAGGGCAUAGAUCUGAGCGAGAUAUCAAGCGUCAUAUGGUCGCAUUAUCACUGGGACCAUACUGGCUCCAUGGAGCUAUUCCCUUCAUCUACGGAGCUGGUUGUUGGACCUGGCUUUGUGUCUUUGCCAUCGCUCCUCCCAGGAUAUCCUCACAACCCGCAGUCCCCGAUAGACUCUGCUGCCGUCGAAAAUCGUGUUCUUACUGAAAUAGCCUUUGAUGAUGCGGCAUCCCCUCGUAUUGGCGGAUUCCGAUCACACGACUUUUUCGGAGAUGGUUCAUUUUAUUUGUUAGAUACUCCCGGGCAUUGCCUUGGGCACAUUUGUGGUCUUGCUCGGACAACUGGCGGAUCAGACAGCACAUUUGUCUUACUCGGUGGUGAUAUUUGUCACUUUGCCGGAGACUUCCGGCCCAGUCGCCAGAUUCCCUUCCCACCUGCUAUUCCCUGUAGUUCAUUGGACAGGGAUGCAUACUUUCCUAUUCCCUGUCCUUGCUCGCUUUUCGCCGACUCCCAUCCGAGUAACGCGGCAGGCACAAAGCCCCUCGACCCCUGCAAAACCCCAUUUUACCGAAUCUCGACACAUGAAACGGCCGCAUAUACAGAUUCUGCAGAGUCACAACGCUCUGUCGACAAGUUGAUUGUUUUUGAUGGCAGCCCCUCGGUUCUGGUUUGCUUGGCUCACGACGGCACCAUGCUUCGCAAACUCCCGACCCUGAACAGCAAUCCAGAAGAGGAUCUGAAUGAUUGGAAGAGGCGAGGGUACAAGGAGAUGAUCCACUGGGGAUGGUUAAACGAGCUCCCACGCAAUGGGAAACUGGGGAGAAAGCAGGCGGUCAAAGGAUUCUGGAGAGAUUACCAGCAAUGGCCGGAGGCACAGGAAGUCUUGUGUAAGAACGGGGAAGCAGCUGCAUCACCGCUACUCUAG